AUAUAUAUAUGAAGGCACACCUGGAUGCGUGUAUUGCGUAUAGAGAGUUUGUAAGAGAGUCUGGAGAGCAAGUGGGCGUAAGGGCCGGAGAGAACGUCCACGUCUUUGCCCGGUGGGUUCCAUACAUGGCUAUGCUAUGUGGAAACGGGCAACUCUGAACGAGCACGACGACGUGGGACACUUGGACAGAGACAGUACCAUAUUUCUGCAUCAAGGUGGGGUAAAGGACACACACACACUCUGUUAUGUGGCUGGCUGGGAUCGAAUCAACUACGAAGAGGUGGACAUAUGCGGAGGCGAGUUAAGAAGUAAGACGAGAGUUAAGAGUAGAAAAAGAUACUCCUAUAUCUCUCUCAAAGACUCAAAGGCUCCUUGGUCUUGGUAGGGGUCCUCCAACGAUCCGUACACACGUUUAGUUACGUUUCACCUUUCUUUCGUUAUCCGUUAUCCAUUUCUCGGCUCACUUAAUUUAUCAAUAUCUUAAUUACUAUCUCAACUAUUCGCUAUUAACUUCAAUUCCUUAUCUAAUCAUUUACUUUUAAUUGUCAUUAUAAUACUGGUGAUUAUUUAUUUUAUUUUGUGUUCCUUAAAAAAAGUAAAUAAAUCAAUGUGAUGAUUUUUAGUUAAAAUUUUUUAUUUAAAAAGUGGAGUCUUCGGAGCUGAGAUUUGAAUUUUUUUAAGAGUUUGGGCGAGUGAGUUUUGUGAUAAAAAAUUAAAUGGUUGAAAAAUGUUUAGUAAAAGAGGGAAGUUUAGACGAGGGUGUUAUGAUUCACGGUGAAGAGGUUUGAUAAAAUAAAAAAAAGCUGAGGAAGAUUGAGGAUAAGAAGAAAAGGGUGAAGGAAGAAGUUGUCGAAGAAGAAAUAGUCGUGUGUACACGCGACAAACGUGUGUAGAGGAUGCCGAAUACUGUUUUAAUAUUUAUACUGACAGCAGUAUAUAUUUUACACACUAAAGCACAAAAUGUGACUAUUGCAGCAGUAGCGAAUAUAACUUUGUCCUCGAUAGAACCCACAGGCGUCACUUCAACUUCUUUUAAUCCUGAGCAAUCUCAUGACUCGACAACAGAAUCAUCAACUGUACCAUCAGAAGAAAUUUCGCAUAAUAACGCUUCUGUUCAAACAGAAGUGAUUCAAAAAUUUGAUACUCCCUGGGAGUGUCCGAAUUUUACUAAAAAAAAUGUCGAGUGUUCUUGUGACUUUCCUCAUACUUUAAGAUGUACUGGAGAUCGGACAGCAUUGCAGACAAUAAAUCAGCAUUUAAAAAGCAGCCGCGAAGGAGCAAUAUCACUGUUAGACUUAACAGUGACGGGGAUUUCAACGCUUCCGGCAAAAUUUUUAGAAGACGUUGCUCUUCACGGUCUCGUAAUAUCUACCGGUGAAUUACGACGUGUCAAUGACAAUGCGUUCACUGGUUUAGUGAGACCACUCCAGGCACUUGGAUUACCCAACAAUCUUUUGGAGUCUGUUCCCACUUCGGCUUUGGCCCAACUCAAUGGUCUAGACAGGCUAGAUUUAUCGCAAAAUAAAUUACAUACAUUGGAAGCCAAUUCUUUAAAAAGUCUCGCUAGUCUGACGUACCUGGAUCUUAGCGACAAUUUAUUAUCCCAAUUGUCUCCGCAAGCAUUUGGGCCAUUGAAGCAACUGAGGUCGUUAAAAAUGCGCGGCAAUCGAUUAAGCGUUUCAGCAUUAUCUGCACUACGUGGAUUGAAAAAUCUUGAAGAACUGGAUCUAUCUAGUAACUUACUUAUUGGUCCUCUGGGACCUAAUUUACUGCCAUCAAUGCCCAAAUUGAGAUUCCUAACUCUCUCGGAGAAUGAACUUAUUAAUGUCGAGCAGGGCGCACUUGCCGGUCUUAAAAAUUUAACAUAUCUCAGUUUAAGCCACAAUCAAAUUGACGUCCUCGAGGAUCAUUCGUUCAAAUAUUUGUCAACGUUGACUCGGUUAGACCUCGCGAGCAAUCGAAUCGUAGCAGUUUCUAGUGCGUCGUUGGCUCACUUGGAAAAUUUAGUGACUCUGGAUCUCACUCACAAUUUUCUACGUUCUCUGACAGCUGAUCUGGUGGUUCCAUUAACGAGUCUACAAGAUUUGCGCCUGGACGACAAUGACAUCACUAUGGUAUCCAGCGAAGUUCCAACAUCGAAAUUGAAACUAAAGCGGCUGUCUCUUGCCGACAAUCCACUUAAUUGUGACUGUACGCUUCUGGAUUUCGCGAACUGGCUAAGCAACUCACCGUUGGAUGAAGAAGAAAAAAAUUCUGCUGUUUGCGCGACACCCCCAGCUCUAGAAAAUGGGAUCCUGACCCAGGUGUCACCGGGCAGUUUGCUCUGUGGCGAUCCCACACCGCCAAUAAUGACCAAAGUACCGUUAGCACGCGACCAAUUGACUCUCAAAGAGUUCCACUAUGACAAAUCUGGAGUUAAUAUUCUAUGGAACGUAGAGCCUUGCAGCGAAAGCUACACCUGCGACAGUUUGAUUGUCUACGAAGCCACCGGGAACUCGGAAGUUGAAAUAGAAUCCAAGACACUCCAUUGCGAUUCCCGGUUUAUGGCGAAUCCUUGCACGCUUCCUGUAACGAUUCCUACGUCAGUGAAUCUUCAAGUAGGCCGGAAGUACAGGUACUGCAUAGUUCUCCUCGUACCGUCGGAACAAGGCAAUUUAUCACUAGGUCUAGGGUGCAGUGACAUAAUUCCUCUUGAAGAAACACCAAAAUGGACCAAUCGAGACGCACAGAAUAUUGCGCCAAGCCCUCCGACAACUUUUCCAAGCACCACAGUCCCAUCAAUCCGACAAGAUUCCCACAGAAUUACCGGCGUUCAUGUAAAUGUGUCCGAACAAGGAUUUCUUCACGUCGAUAUCAGUCUAUCGUCAAUAGAAUCCUCAAACUCAGCGUGUGAAUUAUUUGUCGUCGUCUUUGCAGGCGAAGCUGCUCUCCACCGAAGAAAGUUGAACUGCACUCUAGCUUACGCAGAAAUGACCGGACUCAUCCCCGGCAGAUACAAAGUUUGCGCGAGUUUGAAUAAUUAUGAUGAAGGCCACGAGAAUAAUAGCGGGAGCUCUAGAUGUGUUGAAGUGCAGGCAUUCAAACAAAAAAUUGACUUAAUUAUUUUAAUUGCCGUUGUAGUGUCGUGCGCUUUAUUUGUAACGAUUAUUAUGUUUAUUCGUAACUUGAUUAAAAAAAUAAAGACCCCGCAAAUACAGACCCAGUGUUUUUUACCCGCGCAAGAACUUGAAAUCACUCAUAAAGCACAUUACAUUAAAUUACUGGCUACGACAAAAGUCUGAUUGGAAUUUGUUCAAUUUACAUUUUAUUUCAAUCGUGUAAAUAAUUAUAUUUUUUUUUAUUUAAUUAAUUUUAAUAUUAAAAUUAUAUUUAAGUGUUGAAAUGUAUAUUAAUGAUGUUAUUUAGUGCCUGAUAACCUUUAUAU